AUGGCACAGGGCUCAUCCUUCUUGUUCGCACUAGUCCUUGACCACCAACCUCACCCAGAUGUUCACCUCACCAAUGUUGCUGUGCAAAAGACAUCUCCUGACUACCACCCAAAGAAGGGCUGCAAGUGGAUGCUCCAGCGCUUCCGUCAGUACCUUGCGUCCAAGCACGGGCCCGAGGCAGUGGAGACGCUCUUCAGCGAUAUGGACAACAUCUUUGUCAGGAGCCUGCAGAGUGUGCAGAAGGUGAUCAUCAGCGACAAGCACUGCUUUGAGCUGUACGGCUAUGACAUCCUCAUAGACCAGAACCUCAAGCCGUGGCUCCUGGAGGUCAAUGCGUCCCCGUCGUUGACAGCCAGCAGCCAGGAGGACUAUGAGCUCAAGACCUGCCUCUUGGAAGACACCCUGCAUGUGGUAGACAUGGAGGCCAGGCUCACAGGAAGGGAGAAGCGAGUGGGAGGCUUUGACCUCAUGUGGAAUGAUGGCCCUGUCAGCAGAGAAGAGGGGGCUCCUGACCUGUCGGGGAUGGGGAACUUUGUGACCAACACACACCUUGGCUGCGUCAAUGACCGGAACAACCAGCUGAGGCAGCUAUUCCGCUCCCUUCAGAGCCAGAAGAAAGCCUCCAGUUAGUCCCGGCAGCAGGAACAGCGACCCGACCAGGAGGUGCCCCCCCAGUCCCCUCCUGACCCGUUCCCAGCA